AUGCACAUCGAGUGGUGGAAUGAUGAAGGGAAGGCGAAGCGAACAUGGUGUGACGUACUUCACAAAGUCACAGGAGCAAACACGUACAGCCUUCACGACUAUAACAAGCACAGGUUUAACUUCAUCAGUUGUGGCGGAGGUAUACUAUGCGAGUACAUGCGGAAGAACUUUUUCUAUUUUCUUCUAAAAAGUGACAUAAUAGGACGAAGUGCAGGCUGCAGUUAUGUGUCUGGGAGGAAGGUGCACGUGAAUAUCGACGGGAUUGACGUGUCCAGUAAGCUGAUAGACGUGGCACGCAGGAGACAACAAACUGAGGGGGCUCAGUACACAGGGAUGAGUCAUUCCCCUGAGGGAGUUCCUCUACACAUGUACAACACAACAAGAGACAUGAACCUCCGAUCAUCUCAUCAAGAAAAAGAACCCAAAUGGGGGAAUAAUAGGCAAUUAGAGAACACCCCGUGGAAUAGCUUAAAUGUGCAUAUAAAUCAGAGCUACUAUAACAGUGACAUAACAGACUUCACAAACUGGUGUAACAAGGAGGGAAAAAAAUAUAACAUCGUGGUGUCGUCGGAAGUAAUUGAGCAUGUGCCGAAUGGGAAAAAGGAAGAGUACGUAAGGUGCAUCAGUCAAUUAUGUUUCCCCGAGGCUCUGGUGAUUUUUACAACAAUUGAUAAAAAUUUGCUUUCCUAUUUGUACUCUAUUAUCCUAGCUGAGUAUGUCACGGGGAUGGGCACACACAGCUACGAUCAGUUUAUCGGAUCAGACGAGCUGAGCCAGCUCUGCGCCCUUUUUGAUUUACACAACGUGAGCACGGAGCAUGCGGUGUACGUCCCUUUUGUGCGAGAUUACUUCCCCACGCGCUGGCUGAAGUUGCUUUAUUUGUCCGCCUUCGUUUAUCGGGGGGGAGCCGCG